UUGCAAUGCACGGACGGGGGAGAGGUCAAGCAGCCAAAACUCUGUUUCUGGCCUCUCCACCAAAGGCCCCUCGGGACGAAGGAAGGACACAAGAGAAGUCUGGCACUGGGGGAGCUCUUCUGCCACAGAAGACCAACAAAAGCCACGCUCCUGGGAGUGAGGGCAAGGCCCACGAUGGGCCCAGCACCACCACUGCCCACUCUGUCCCAUCUUUGGGCAGGACCGUGUUCUCCUCCUGGUUUCCUGAGCCCAACAAACCACCAGCCAAGAAAAUUGCACCCAUCAUGGCCAAGGCUGUCAAAGAUUUCAAAAACAGGUUCUCUCGGUAACAACUUUGCCGGCCAGGCCUGGCACUUUCCCUCUCGCGGACAAGUGGCACCCAAGGAGGAGAAGGUCCCCAAACAGCCCUUUUCUUCGGACUCUGGGGAGGCUGCAGCUUUGUCAUCUGCCAAAAGAAAGCUGUACGGAAUCUCCCGGCACAAAAGCCUGGCAAGUCUUGGCACCGGUGGAGAGUGGCAGAUCCAGAGACCACUUACUGCUUAACCUCUUAAUACGUUAUUAAACGGUUUUCAUUACUAUU